UGAACGACAUGUGGAGGAAUUCCCUGUAUUUCUACUUGCACCAGGGUUAUAUGGUCGAGAUGUUCACCGUUAUAACUGGUUUCCUCACCUCCUACUCCAUACUAAACAAACUAAGCCGGGAUAGUAGCAAAUUUAAUUACAUAACACACGUAUUAAAAAUAUACCUCAAAACUACCCUGGUAAUGAUCGGACACCUGAUAAUAGUGCACAUAUUGGACACCAUAGGAGAGGGACCUCAUUGGAAACGAUUCGGUCAAAUGAAUUACAUUCAAAAUUGUGACAACUUUUUCGACAAUUAUAUUCUUCACAUUCAAAACUAUAGGCUAUUUAAUAGGAAUAUUCUUAACAUGUGCGCUCCAUAUGCCUACUACCUGUGCGUUUAUAUACACCUGUCCAUAUUAGCACCG